ACUGUGUAGUUUGUAAAUAAAAUAAGAUUAUAAAUUUUCUUUAUUUAAGCCAUAGAGUAAUUAAUACUCCCUUUAGCUGUUAUUGUUUCAUUGUUUUUUUUAGAAAACAUUUAAUGGGCUUAUAGUUAUUACUAUACCAUAUUUGUUAUCAAUUUUAAUUACUAUGAUGAUGUGCAUUUAAUUACAAUUUAUCCAAAUGGAACAUUAUUUUCCAACAAUCAAUAAUAAAAAAAAAUAUGAGACACGCUGUGGAACUCGUCCAAAAAUAAAAAUGAACCGUAAAUUGUCCGGGGUUGUUACCCGAACUCACAAGUCUAUUCUGAGUGAAGGCAUAUUUUCGAAAUCAGGAAUAGGGAAGCCAUCAAUUGUUCAUGCAGUGGUCAUAAUAUUUUUGGAAUAUUUUGCAUGGAGUUUGCUAACAUUGCCAGUAAUAUCUAAAUUAAACCACACAUUUCAAGAUCAUGCCUUGUUUAUGAAUGGUAUUAUUUGGGGUAUAAAGGGCAUUUUAUCAUUCUUAAGUGCACCAUUGAUUGGUGCCUUAUCUGAUGUUUGGGGACGAAAAUUAUUUUUAUUAUUGACAGUAUUUUUUACUUGUAUUCCAAUACCAUUUAUGUGUAUUAAUUCUGGAUGGUUUUUUGCCUUGAUUAGCAUAUCUGGAUUAUUUUCUGUUACAUUUUCAGUCGUAUUUGCUUAUGUAGCUGAUGUAAGUGAUGAAAAAGAUAGAAGCCGUUACUAUGGAUGGAUAACUGGAACAUUUGGAGCUAGUAUGGUUUUUGGACCUGCUCUAGGUUCAUAUACUAUGGAAAUAUACAGCACUUCUUUUGUUAUAUUUUUAGCUUCAUUUGUAGCACUUUUAAAUGUUAUUUUCAUUAUUUUUGCUGUGCCUGAAAGUUUACCAUACAAACAACGAAUUUCUACUAACUGUAUAACAUGGAAAAAAGCUGAUCCUUUUGUGGCUUUGAGAAUGGUUGGUCGUGAUCGAACUAUUUUGAUAUUGUGUUUAACUGUAUUUUUAUCAUAUCUUCCAGAAGCUGGAGAAUACUCAUCUUUGUUUGUUUAUUUAAGACUCGUGAUGGGAUUUAGUAUGUUUAAAGUAUCAAUACUUAUUGCAUUACUAGGACUAUUUUCAGCAGCUAUUCAAUCUGUACUUGGCUUAAUAAUGAAAUUAAUGGGAGCUAAAUAUACAAUAAUGAUUGGUCUAGUGUUUGAAAUUAUGCAACUCAUGUGGUUUGGAUUUGGUUCAGAAACUUGGGUUAUGUGGUCAGCCUGUCUCUUGGCUGCUAUUUCCAGUAUUACAUAUCCUGCUAUUAGUUCAUUUAUUUCCAUUCAUUCUGAUGUGGACAAACAAGGUGUUGUUCAAGGAUUAGUAACUGGUGUGAGAGGUCUUUGUGGUGGACUAGGACCGGCAAUGUUUGGAUUUAUAUUCUAUUUGUUUAACGUUAAUUUAAAUGAAGGAUUGCAAGUUGAUCAUACUUCUUUUCAUUCACUUAACAGUUCAAUUAUUAUUAAGCACAUCAAAUAUAAUGUUAACAAUGAUCCAUCUUCUUCGAUGAUUCCUGGACCACCAUUUGUCUUCGGUUCACUUCUAGUUAUGUGUGCAUUAUUAGUGUCCGUGUUUAUUCCUGAAAAUGUUCCCAUUGGUUCUGACCUACGCCAUAAACAAAUUGGUUCAACUCAAGUACAGUAUCAAAUCGGUCGAAUAAACCUACAAUCUUAUCUUUGAUUAAAUGUCUAGUCAAAAUUAGUUGUUUUUUAGAAAUGGUUGUCUUAUAAAAUAAAGCUAUUAUGUUGUGUUAAAUUCCUAAAAACCUUACACAAUUAAUA